AUGCCCACCAAGUCCGCAAAACGUCAACUGAGUCCUUCGCAACAAGCUGGGGAUUCUGCAGGGAUUGCAACUUCCGCGACGCAAGAGUCUGCUGACUUACCAGAUCACGUUCCAAAGAGAAAGAAGCGAAAGGUAGACCAGAAACGAUCUGCAACGCAAGCUUCUGAUGCAAAAACGGUAAAAGUGCCCCAAAAGAGAGGACGUAGAGCUACUGCAAAAGGUACUCGCACUUCUAAAAGCAAGGCUAGGGUAGUCCCUGUGACGUACGCUCCAGCGAGCUUGCAGGGAAUGCCUACAGAACUAUUAAUUCUAAUUUUUGGACAAGUGUAUCCUAAAGAUCUAUUACAACUCAUGUGGACCUCCAAAGUUUUCCGCACGAUUCUUCGCAGUAAAGGAGCUUCGGGGAUUUGGAAAAAGUCAAGGUCUCGUAUUCGGGGCAUGCCUCAAUGUCCUAGCGACUUAAGCGAACCUCAAUAUGCCAGCUUAUUGUUCGGCCACCAUUGCUAUAUUUGUUUCAACGAGCGUAGUAUUGUCUAUGAGUCUUACGCUGGUCGUUUUAAGGCCUGCUUUCAAUGCCUGAGUAACGAAAAACUGUUUGUCAGAAGCCAUCUACCCGACAUUUCGACCUGGUGGGAUGGCCCGUAUCAGAAAAAACUCGCUUUGCACUUGCCCCAACUCACUAUAGCAGACCCGCAAUUGCUGGAUGGUCAAAAGUACACUUACUGGCCCCUUGCAGUUCAUCAAACUUGGUCAAAGGAGCAUAGCAAAGUUCAACACAACGUAAAUGAGCGGGCCAAGUGGGCUAACGCUAAGAUAGCAGAGAUAGAGCCUAUAGAAAUGCACGCCAGGGAAUGCGAAAACUGGAUUGCUGCUAAACUACCAAAAUUGGGAGCUGACAGGCUCCUGUGCAUCCUUGACUACUUGGACACCUUGGGUUGGGAGGACGAACUCGAGAAACUUGUCGAUCCUUGUGAGACGAUCAUGGAUAUUCCUGGUAUCUAUGAUGCUUGUCAGACAAAAAUAACCUCUGAAGUGCUCGCCCGUUUGGAACCCCGGCUUGUCCGACGCAUGGUCGAAUUGAAGAACAAGAGGCUGAGGAAACAACGGCUCAUCCGUCUCAAGCAAGGAAUACCGUUAUUGCGCCAAGUCAUCCAGGAUAUCAAGCAGGAGCUUCCAUUGGAUGUGAAAACGCCUGAUGUCGCUGAUAUUUUUCUACACCCCAUCGUGCAGAAAAUCUGGAAAGACACGAUGCCCAAACCAUUUGAGAUAUCCAAUUUCGACCCCGGGGUGGAAUCAAAGUUGAUAAAUGAAAUUUUGUCUGCUAUUGGGCAGGAUUCAUUUGAUCGUACGAAAGUUCUCCAUCUUGCUACCACAAUUUUUACCUGUGAACACUGUGUCGGAAUCAAUUAUUAUCAAAAAGAUCAAGGCCACCACCAUUUUCUCCUGCAAUACCCUAGAGUCCUUGUCCAUGAACACGCAACCAACGAACCCAAGAAACGGUUGCGCAAGACAACUGCAAAGAUUUGCUGGGGGACACUGGACAACAUCAAAUUCUGGAAAGAUGGCUGGGAAGUUCUCUCUGACUUGUUGACAGAAUUCGGUUACGACCCACAGACGACCACGGCAGCAGAGAUGGAUGCUGCUGAUCCUAUCUUCCACUGUGUUUCUUGCAACUCGCCCCGUCAGGGCCGUGCUACUAUGAGAUGGAGAAUGGUGCCACGCCACAAACUAUCAUAUCAACGUCACAUAAAUCACCCGCCGUGUAAGCUGGAAUUACUUGGAGAACGUGAGGCUCAGAUCGUACGGGAAAGGCUGGAUGAAGCCAAUGCCCUUUAUCAGGCAUCGACUACCCAUGGUAUGAAGAGCAUCACAUGUGUUCAUUGCCGAACAGUCGCCGACUCUGUAACUGUGAAGCAACAUAUUAAAGAAAAGCACGGAAUCGACAAACCAACGAAAGGCGAUAUGUUUCAAAACUUGGACUGUAGUGCCAACAUUGCAUUCCAUUUCUUGUGGCCACCGCUGGAUUGA